GGUGUGUAUCUCUCAGCUGAUGCGCGUAUCCACCGACUGACUCCAUCAUCAGCAUCCGACUCCUCUGACAGCGGUCGAAGCCAACCGAGCCACGGCAGAACGGCUAAUAAAUAAAUAAACAUCAAAUCAAAGCCUGGGGAGCUGGACCGGACGCUGCCGCCGUCUCGUGACUAUACCGUUCACCGGGAGCUGCCAUCUUAAGCAGCGGGGCUUCGAAUCAGUGAGUAGCCUUUGAUGAUGGACCGCCAGGAUGCUACAAUCGUGUGUGUGCCCCCACUACCUGCAUUAGGUUGUGAUGACCCACACUACUUCCAAAUGUAUCUGUGACCCUCCCUGACUCCUAACUCUAAUCCCUGACCUUUGACCUCCACUAUGGGCAGUGUUGGAAGUGGGGUGGCAGGAGAGCAGGAGUUUGCCAUGAAGUCCGUGGGCACGAGGACCACCCUGCCCCGAGCCCCUCCUCUAUCUCGUCGUUGCCCUGCCGACCGCAGCUGCAGCGCUGAACGACUGCCACGCCCUCCAGCGACCAUUUCAGAUGGGACGGCAUCAAGCGAUGAACGCAGGAGCAUUAGUAUCGGGACAGCGAUCUGCACUGACCGACCCACUGAAACAGCCUCCUCUACCAACACUGAAUGCACCAUGACGGCCCAAUCCAACAACAACCAGUUGGACUGCGGCACCGCAGCUGUCAGGAGGGAGUGGGAAAGGGAGAGGCAGCGUGAGAGGGGGAGAGACCGGGACCGGGAUCGAGACUGGGACCGGGAGAGGUUAGAGAGGGAGCGUGAGAGGGAAAGGAACCGGGAGAGGGAGCGUGAGCGAGUGGAGAGGGAAAGGCUGGAACGUGAGAGGGAGCGAGAGAGGGAGAGAGCCAGGGAGAGGGAGAGAGAACGGAUUGAGAGGGAAAAGAUAGAAAGAGAGAGGGAACGAGAGAGGGAGAGAGAACGAGAGCGAGAAAGGGAGAGGCUGGAGAAUGAGAGGAUGGAGAGGGAGAGAGAGAGAGAGAGGGAAAUGCAGGUGGCAGGUUUGGAUGUUUGUGGGAACAUUGUUGGUCGGGAGAAGACCAGCGUUGGCAUGAACCACACCGGCGUUGGCGUGAACCACACCGGCGUUGGCGUGAACCACACCGGCGUUGGCGUGAACCACACCAGCGUUGGCGUGAACCACACCGGCGUUGGCGUGAACCACCACCCGCACAGAGAGAUGGCUGCAACCAGAACUGAUAAUGAAAACAACCCAGUGGGCCACAACCCUCCAAACCACAACCCGCCCAAGAUCAUGGCAGUGUCCGGAAAACUGGAGCAGGCAAUGCAGAGUAGCUCCGGACUUGUUCGACCCUCUGCCUUUAAGCCGGUGGUUCCUAAGAGCUUCCACUCCAUGCAGAACCUGGUGGGCCAGGCGGCAGGUGCUGGGAGUGAGGGAAAAGCUGAUGGCAGGGGUGAGGGGUUCGGUGAGGGCAGAGUGGGCAGAAGAGGCAGAGACGGAGGGGGAGGAGAGACAGGGGAGGUCCCGGAGGCCCUGCUCCUGGAUCAGGACAGCCCAGUUAGGGUCAGCAGGAGCGAGGGAGGGGGAAAUGGCGCUGAAGUGGUUCAGGGAGGGAUGUCAGAUUCUGGGAGGAACUCCCUGACCAGUCUGCCCACCUACACGGGUUUGGGGUCUGGCUGCGGGCCCCCGGCAGUCUUGGGUCCACUCAGUGCUUCCACCAGCCACAUUAACAGGCUGGGCAUGGCUGGGGCCGCUGUUGGCUUGGAUAAGAUGGAAAAAUCUGGAUACCAGCAGAACGGUCUCAGCGCUUCAGAUAGCGGCCGGUCCUCCUCAGGGAAGAGCUCUUCAUCCUAUCAGAGACUGAGCCACCUGAGUGAUGCUCCAGCACCUCUACGCCCCUCCCCAUCCUCUGAUGACGUCAUCCAGGACCUCGAGGACCGACUGUGGGAGAAAGAGCAAGAGGUGCAGCAUAUGCGCAGAAACCUGGACCAAAGUGAAGCAGCCAUCAUUCAGGUGUUUGAGGAGAAGCAGCGAGUUUGGGAGCGACAGAUGGACGAGCUGAGGCAGAACUAUGCUUCUCGUCUGCAGCAGGUAACUCGUCGAGCUCAGCGCUCCCAGACGGCCCUGCAGGCCCAGAUUUCCCGUCUCUCCCAGGACAAGAGGAGGCUCCAAGAGGAGAUGGCAGCUCUUUUGGCUCAGAGGGAGGAGCUGGAGAGAAAGUGUCUGGAUUACAGGAAGGAGCAGGCAGACAUCCUGCCUCGUCUGGAGGAGACCAAAUGGGAGGUGUGCCAGAAGGCCGGUGAGAUCUCCCUGCUGAAGCAGCAGCUGAGGGAGAGUCAGGCUGAGGUGACCCAGCGAGCUGGAGAGAUGGUGGCCCUGAGAGGCCAGCUGAAGGAGCUCAACGCCCAGCUGAGGGAGCAGGAGGAAGUCAUGCUGGGCCUGAAGGACUCCUACAGCACAAAGUGUCUGGAGCUGGAGAAGUGUGAGGGAGAGCUGAGGAGGACUCUGUCUGAGGUGUCCCUCCUGAGAGAGAAGCUGGGUGUGUUUGAAGCAGAAGUGUUGAGUUUAAAGCGCGCUCUGAGUGAAGUGAGCAGAGGGGCUGAAAUUGUUGUGAGCCCAAACUUAGCGGCAGCAGGGCUGCUGCCACCGUGGGGAACCGUUCACUGCCUCCGAAACCCGACUGAGCACUCCUCCAACUCACUCACACCCACAUCUGACACUCUGCUCAGUCUUCAGAGCGAUGAAGCUAAAGCCCAAAGGCAGGAAGCUCAGAGACAGGAGAGGCAGCAGCGCGAGGAGGCUCAAUGGCGCGACGCGCAACAGCGCCAAGACCCCCAUCUGCAGCAAGAUAUCCAAAUGCGUCAGGACCCACAACUCCGUCAGGAGGCCCAGCUCCGUCAGGAAGCUCACCUCCGCCAUGAGGCCCAAAUCCGUCAAGAAGCGCAGCUGCGUCAGGAGGCUCAACUCCGUCAUGAGGUUCAAAUGCGUCAGGAGGCCCAGCUCCGUCACGAGUCUCAACUCUGCCAGGAUGUGCAGCAGCUGCGUCAGGAGGCCCACCAGGCAGGGCGGGUCCAGGAGGGUCACUGGGAUGAAGCUGGAGAGCUGCGCAGGCAGCUAGAGCAGCUUCAGUCUGUGUUACGCCUAGAGCGGCAGCAGCGGGAGCGCCAGGCUCUCAACUUUGACCAGGAGCGUCACACCUGGCAGGAUGAGAAGGAACGAGUUUUAAAGUAUCAGGCUCAGCUGCAGCUCAGCUAUGUGGAAACGCUGCAGAAGAACCAAGCUCUGGAAAAGCGAAUGAGCCAGUUGGGACCCAAACAAACCACAACCUGCACCACCACUAUUACCACCAUCACCACCACUUCCCCCACUUCCUCCAACUCUCCACCUCCUCCACCAGCCUUGCCACCCCUGUCUCCUCCACCUCCUUCUCUCUCUGGAGCUUCACCUCUCUCUGGUCCUCCUUCUUUCUCUGGAGCUUCACCUCUCUCCGGUCCUCCCUCCAUUUCUGGUCCUUCUUCCCUUUCCGGUCCGUCCUCUCUCUCUGGUCCUUCCUCCCUUUCAGGUCCCCCUCCCCUCACUGGUCCUCCCACCCUCACUGGUCCUCCUCCCAUUUCUGGUCCACCUUCACUCUCUGGUCCCAUCGCCCUCACUCUCUCCCCUCCCUGUGAGGACCAAAAGGGCCCUCCAUCCCUCCACCAGCUUGCUCCUCCCUGGGCUGGACCGUCACGCCUGGAGAGGAUAGAGUCUACAGAGAUUUAGUGACAGCGAUGUAAAACAAACACUGAGGCCUAAAACCAAAAGAAGGUCUAAAAUAGAACUUUUCAAAGCAACUAUAGACACUAGAAAUGGCCGAUCAUCGGAGCUGGAAGCUGAUCUGUUUUGGUCGUUAUCCUCCACUGAAGCCUUUCCGCCACUAGUUGCGCACCAACACAUCCGACACUAUCGGUGUUCCAGAAAAGUGUGUCACACUGUUGACAGUGCUUAAGUGACACUAUCCAUCACAUGCAUCACUCCAUGCUAGAAAAUGAAACCAGACAAUCAGGGAUAUUGUCAAAAAUGAUCAACAAGAAUAUAUUGUGGUAUUUAUUUA